AUGUCAUCGCAAGAAGAAUACUCAUCGGAUGAAGAAAGCAUCUACGACUCAAAAUCACCAAAAUCAAAAGUACUAUUGGGUUUCACAGAUGGACCAAUUACAAAAGAAGAUCAACCAACAAUAGAAGAUUCAUUUUUAGGAGGACAACCAAUUUGGUUUUACCCAGAUUCAAAACCUGCAGAAUCUUUGUUGCUAUGUGACAAUUGUGGCAAGAAGCUAUCAUUAUAUUUACAAGCUUAUUCACCACUUGAUAAUACUUUUUAUGAUAGAGUAAUAUAUAUUUUUGGAUGUCAAGAUCCAAGUUGUUCUAAAAAGAAAGGUAGUAUAAAAGCAAUUAGAGGUAUAAACAAAAAUGAAGAAGUUAUCAAUAAGAAUAAGAGUGAUGUUGAUAAAAUGGAAGACAAAUUGAAUAGCAAUAAUGAAGAAUUGAGGAAGAAAAAAUUAAGUGAUGAAAUUACUAAAAAUUUAUUUAAAAAAGAUGAUUCAACAGACAAAGAAGCAAAUUUAAAUCCUUUUGGCGGGUCAAAUCCAUUUGGAAAUUCAUCUAAUCCAUUCAAUCUGAAUUUAAACCCAUUUGAUAAACAACCAGAACCAAAACCAGAACCAAAAAAAGAACCAUCAAAGAAACAGCCACAGCAAAAAUCAUCAUAUGCAGAAAUAGCUUCAAAUAAUGCACCACCACCACCACCAAAACCAACACAAGUAGAAGGAGAAUUACCACAAUAUCCAGGAAAUUUUGUCUAUAUAGAAUCUGAAAAAUUCAAAAAGGAUAAAACAACAGAUGAAGAAUUAGCAAAAUACAAGCAUUUAAUAGAACAAUCACAAGAUGAUGAUGAAAGCAUAAAUGAAUCUCAAACUUCACAAAAAAGAAGAGAAUCUUCAUCUUCAGCAGUAUUAGAUCCACAAACUACUAAAAUAUCAAAUAUGUUAGAUGAUAAAUAUUUUGAAAAUUUUUCAACAAUCACCAAGUCAAACCCAGGACAAGUAUUAAGGUACGACCUCAAUGGUAAACCAUUAUUAUACAACGGUAAAGACGAAGUUGCAAAAAGAUUUUUAUCUGACCCUUUCAAUAUUCCAAGACCAGCAUAUAAUCCAUCAAGUGAACGUAGAUUUGAAUUACAAUUAAUGCCUAAUGCAAUAAUGCAAUUAGAAGAUUUAAAUAAUACUAACAAGUCCGUAGCUGAUAUUUUAAAUGGAAUGAGUUGGGGUACCAUUAUAGUAUGUACUGAUUUUGAGGAUUAUAUACCUGAUCAUUUAUUAGAUGAAAAUAAGGUUGGUUAUGUUGAAGAAUGGUGUGGUGUACAAUGGGAAGAAAGUGUAUAA